AGCCGGCGCCCCGGGAGCGGAAGUGGCUCGCAGUUGCGGCGGCGGCGUCUGACUGGAACGGCUCGGCUCGGUCGCUCCGAGGCUCUCCCUCGCUUUGGGUGUCGGCCGCGGCGCCCGCGGGACGAGAUUGACUCCAGGACUUGUGGGGACUGGACAUCUGGCUGCCCGUCUGCCUGGGCCAGAGGGAGGAUGCACCAGCAGCACGUGCACGGCUGAGACACUUCCUACAGACUCCGCGGCCCGGCCCUAGCAUCAUGAGUACGAGAAAGCGUCGUGGUGGCACAAUAAAUUCCAGACAAGCCCAGAAGCGAGCCCGGGAAGCCGCCCCCACCCCUGAGAUGGCUUUGGAAGCUGAGCCCAUAGAGCUCGUGGAAAGUGCUGGAGAUGAGAUCGUGGACCUUACCUGUGAGUCAUUAGAGCCCGUGGUGGUUGACCUGACACACAAUGACUCUGUUGUGAUUGUGGAUGAGAGAAGACGGCCCAGGAGGAACGGGCGGAGGCCUCGCCAGGAGCAGACUGACAGUUGUGUGGUGAGCAGUGAUGACGAUGAGCUGUCCAGAGACAGAGAUGUGUAUGUCACCACGCGGACUCCCAGACACGCCCGGGAUGAGGCGGCCACGGGGCUCAGGCCAUCCGGGACGGUCAGCUGUCCGAUCUGCAUGGAUGGGUACUCAGAGAUCGUGCAGAAUGGGCGCCUCAUCGUCUCCACAGAGUGUGGCCACGUUUUCUGUAGCCAGUGCCUCCGCGACUCCCUGAAGAAUGCUAACACUUGCCCGACCUGCCGGAAAAAGAUCAACCACAAACGAUACCACCCCAUUUAUAUAUGAGCUGUGCAGCUGCAGGGGAGAGAGUGCGUGCGUGUGCGUGUGCAUGCGUGUGUGUGUGUUUGUGUUUGUGUGUGUGUGUGUGAGUGUGUGUGAAAGAGAGCGAGGGUGAGAGAGAGAAUGAGAGAGAGAGAGAAUGAGAGCGAGAGAGAGUGAGAGCGAGUGCUGGCCAGCUGGCCGGCCUCGCCAGAAUGCCUGCCUGCCUUCAACUCUGAGCUCCAAAAGACCAUUGCAAAGCCAGCUUGGGUUAUGGAAAUUGCUCUUUUCCCCACCCUCGUCCUCCGUGUUUCCUCCAGUCUGAAGCUGGAGGGGCCAUCAGGCACUUUGGACAGAGAGUCAUGGCUCAAGGUGCCUCGAGAGCUGCACCCUUGCCUGGGACUGUCCCACCCGGGGCUCUGUCUGGCGUUCGGGCAGUGGUGUCUCAGCUCAGACUUAAUGAGAGUGCCCAGGUCUGCCCUGUGGCUCCUUCCCACAGUGUGGCUGUGCAGGGUUCUACGGAGCAGGAGAGCCGGUUUCUCAGAGCGACCAUGUGCAAUAAAGCAGUUCUGGGCCCACUGUGGAGUCCCAGAAGACGGGCGGGGAGUGCCCCGGUGAGGGUCUGGAGUGGCCAGUGAGGCAGGGUCUGUGUGCUGCCUCCUGUCUGUCUCUGCUCUCAGGAACACCACAUGGCCAUGCCAAGGACAGGAUGGGGAUGGUAUUUUUGAUGACGUCUGUCCUGGGUUCGCCUUCUGCUCUCAUCCCAGUUCAAACUGCCUAAUGUCUUCUGAGAGGUGGUGGUCAUAACAAUGGCCUUCGCCGCCACCCAUCAUAGCUGCCCCCGAGUGUCAGUUUCUGAAGUGUCCAGCCCACUGUGGCUUUUUUGGCCACCCCCACUUCUGGACUCAGAUGUGUGAGCAAGAAGGUGAGAUGAGGUGGCCCUCCAGGGUGGGGAGCCAGCAGGACCCUGCCACCUGCACCCUGGUCCAGAGCUUCAUCCCAAGCCCAGAGCCUUCCUGGGAGACGUGGAGUGGUGAAGGCCGUGCUCUGGCUUUGCAAGCAAUAAGCGACCUUCAGUUUUCCCUGAAGGAGCAGGGACUUGGCACAGGAAUCACUUUAGCUGGGCGGAAGGAGUGUCCUCUCUGUGAAGAGUUUGUUCCUCACUCUGGCUUUGAGCGUGAAUGCAGGUAGUUUUUGUACUUAGAGAGCUGCCAUUGGUCCCCUCACUCCCCCACCCACCCCUGGGUGGCGCUGCCAUUUGGGUCUCCCAGGCUUGGGGGGAGUUCUCUUGGGUUCGAGCAGUGCCAGGCUUCAGGAGCCAGGAUGACCAUGCCACCAAAAUCUCCUUUAAGUUUAUGCUGACAAAUGGUUGACUGUAUAAGUUUUUUCACUUUCUACUAAAUUAAAUUGGGAAAAAUAGUUUCUACUCUUUAGAAACUGCAAAAUAGGAGAAGGUUGAAGAGGAAAACUCCUUUUUCCCCCGCUUCUUGUACAUAGUUCAAGUCUUUCUUUGUUCCAUUUAAACUGCACCCAUGUAAGUCGUUUUCUUUUGGACUCCUGCUAGUGUUACAGACGGAAAUAAAACCGGUGGUUUGACCUCGUA